AUUUAGCACUUCAUCAAUCUCAUAGAUUGCCAUUUAGUAGUGUUUUGUUUUCCAGGAUAUCACACUUCAUUUGUUUUUAUUUGGAAGAAUGCUUUGAAAAACUGUUCUAAAUGGAGGGUUUUAAAAUUGAUUUUAACUUCACUAUAGUUUUUAGCAUCGUAUUCAUUUUCACAGUAUUAUGGUACUUUUUCAAGGUAUAUUUACCCAGGCGUCAUAUGGUGCAACAUGCCAACCUUUUGCCGUCUAUGAAACUGAAGUUUUAUCACGUGCUUGGCCAUGUGAGCCUGGUGUGGGCACAAAGAAGGUGGAAGAAGAAGCUCAAUGGUUAUAAUCCACAUGUUUAUGACUUUAUUGCACUCACUGGUUUUAAUAAGGUGUUUUCCAAAAAUGGAAUUUCUAACAUCUGGCAAAUUCAUUAUCCUUUCGUAAGUGUGUUCCAAGCGGAUGCAGUUGAAGCGAUUCUAAAUCAUAGCACAGAGCUGAAAAAGGCAUGGUUCUACGACCUUUUACACCCAUUCAUAGGACAUGGUUUGCUGACUAGUUACGACGAAAAAUGGCGAAAGAAAAGGAAGAUGUUGACUCCUGCUUUUCAUUUCAACAUUUUAAAAGAUUUUCUUCACGCCUUCAACAAGCAAUCCAAGAUUUUAGUUGACAUACUUAAGAGCUACACCAAAGAUGAAUUCACUGAUAUUGUACCAGUCAUCACCAAAUGCAGUUUGGACAUCAUAUGUGAGGCGAUUUUGGGUAAAGAAGUCCAUUCCCAAACUCAACCAAGCAGCUCUUAUGUGAAAGCCGUUGUAUAUUUGACAGAUUCCGUCUUCGAAAGAAUGCAAAGCCCUUGGUACUGGAAUGAUUUUCUGUUUAAGAUUUCUCCUUUUGGUAGAAAAUUUAUGAAGAAUGUUGACAUUGUCCACAGUUUUACCAGACAAGUAAUAUCUGAAAAGAAAGCAGAACUAGAGAAGAGGAAAAGUGGUGAGACACUCACUGAUGGUAACAACGAAGUGGAAGGGGCGAAGCGCAAGAAACUGGCUCUGAUGGAUCUGCUUCUCGAAGAGCACUGCAAACAUAAUUCGAUUUCCGAAGAAGAAAUAAGGGAAGAAGUAGACACUUUCACCUUUGAAGGUCAUGAUACAACCUCUUCGGGUAUUAGUUGGUGCCUGUGGAUGAUAGGACUUCAUCCGUGGAUCCAGAAAAAAAUACAUGAAGAGUUGGACUCCAUUUUUGGAGAUAACAACAGAGAUGCUACCAUGGAAGAUCUUAAAGAUAUGAAGUACCUGGAAUGCGUCAUCAAAGAAGCUCUAAGAUUAUACCCACCAGUUCCGGCAAUUGGACGUAUGCUUAGAAAUGAUCUCCAAAUAGGGGAAUUUCUAUUGCCCAGAGGAUCUAUGUGUCUUGUAAUCGCUUAUUUGUUACAUCGAGAUCCGGAAUUUUUUCCUAACCCUGAAAAGUUCGAUCCUGACAGGUUUUCUCCAGAGAACAGCGCCGGAAGACAUCCUUUUGCUUACGUUCCAUUCUCGGCUGGCCCAAGGAAUUGCAUUGGCCAAAGAUUUGCCUUAAUGGAAGAAAAAACAGUGCUUUCUUCGAUUUUAAGAAAAUUCAAAGUCCGUUCUUUGGACCCAAGAGACAAAGUUCAGUUGUUGGACGAAAUCGUCUUGAGACCUUACAAAGGCCUGAGGAUACAAAUUCGAGAACGAAGCCAACCCUUCGACUUUCAUUCCGUCUACUACUUUUCAUGACUUACCAUAUUUGGUUAUUUUAUCUUUAAUACAGAGUUAAGGAAAGAGAACUCGGUCGCCAUACAUUAUUCGGGCAUUUUCAGAAGAGGAAAAUCUCAUGUCUAAAAUGAAUAAUUGGCAUUUUCUUCUGUACAUUUCUUCUGUACACCGAAUAUAGUUAUUAAUGAGAUAAUCGAAGAUUUGUUUGGUAUACCAUAUUUCAUCUAAUUCAAUUGACACUUUUUAAAUGAAGAUGCAGAGUUUUAAGUUAGUAGUUUUAAAAUCUUUCAGUGUACAUUGUUUAUAAUUAAUAAAAUAUCUUGUUUUGUUUUU